AUGGGCUGGGAGCCAAGGGCCGCCCUGGGCGGGGCAGCUGCAGUGGCAGCAGUGGUGGUGGUUGCUGAGCAACACACGGUCAGCAUCAUGAAGCUCUGGCUACCUCUACUCAUGACAAUCAUCUGUAUGGUGCUAUUAUCCGUGUGGGGAGGAAUGCGGAAAAAAUAUAGACCGGAUGAAGUGUUACUUUCAGAGUGUUGGGGUCAGCCAAAUGUCAGAAACUGUACCCUGAAGUGUUCUAAACUUCUUAGAUGUGAAAACCCAGAAUACACAUGCUGCUGGACCUAUUGUGGAAACAUCUGCUGGAAAAAUGAUGAAGUAAUUGAAGACAACUAA